GAAGUGGUGGUGCCGGAGCGAUGGCGGACUCCGGUGAUUGGGAGAGUUUGCCGGUCUCUGUCCACCCGCGGAUCCUGGAGUCGCUGCGGAGUCUGGGCUUCUCUAGCAUGACUCCGGUUCAGUCUGCAACAAUCCCCCUGUUCGUAAGCAACAAGGACGUGGCAGUCGAAGCAGUGACCGGCAGUGGGAAGACAUUGGCAUUUGUCAUCCCGAUUCUGGAAAUCCUUUUGAAGCGAGAGGAGAGGUUAAAGAAACUGCAGGUGGGGGCCCUGAUCGUCACUCCCACCCGGGAGCUGGCUAUCCAAAUUGAUGAGGUGCUCAGGCACUUCACCGUGCACUUCCCGCAGUUCAGCCAGAUUCUCUUCAUCGGUGGGAGGAAUCCAAUCGAAGAUGUUGAGAGGUUCAAGGAGCAGGGAGGGAACAUUGUGGUGGGCACCCCUGGCCGUCUGGAGGACAUGUUUAGGCGGCGGGCGGAUGGAUUGGACCUUGCCAGCUGCGUGAAGAGCCUGGACGUGUUGGUGCUGGAUGAGGCCGACCGCCUCCUCGACCUGGGGUUUGAAGCCAGCCUGAACACCAUCCUGGGCUUCCUGCCGAAGCAGCGGAGAACGGGGCUCUUCUCGGCCACUCAGACGGACGAGGUGGAGACCCUGGUGCGAGCGGGGCUGCGUAACCCCGUCCGCAUCACGGUGAAGGAGAAGGGAAUGGCGGCGGACAGCACCCAGAAGACACCCAUCCGGCUGCACAACUAUUACACGAUCUGUCGAGCGGAUGAGAAGUUUAAUCAGUUAGUUGCCUUCCUCCGGAAGCAUAAAAAGCAGAAACACCUCGUUUUCUUCAGUACGUGUGCCUGUGUGGAAUAUUACGGGAGUGCGCUGGACAAGGUGGUGAAGAACGUCCGGAUCAUGCGUAUCCAUGGGAAAAUGAAGCAGAAACGCCAAAGUAUCUUCACAGAGUUCCGACAGCUCGACAGUGGGAUUCUGGUUUGCACGGAUGUCAUGGCUCGUGGUAUCGACAUCCCAGAGGUUGACUGGGUCCUGCAGUACGAUCCCCCCAGCAGUGCUAGUGCCUUUGUCCAUCGCUGUGGCCGAACAGCUCGCAUCGGUCACCACGGUAACGCCCUGGUAUUCCUGCUUCCCAUGGAGACGACUUACGUCAACUUCCUCUCCAUUAAUCAGAAGUGUCCAAUGGAGGAGAUGAAGUUGAUGAAGGAUUCUGUCGACGUGCUGCCAAAUCUGAAGAAGUUGGCUUUAAGUGACCGAGCUUUCUUUGAAAAAGGAAUGAAGGCCUUUGUGUCGUUCGUUCAGUCUUACGCCAAACACGAGUGCAGCUUGAUUUUCCGGAUGAAGGACCUCGAUUUUGCAGCCGUUGCCAGGGGCUUUGCUCUCCUUAAACUGCCCAAGAUGCCGGAAUUGAGAGGAAAAAGCUUGCCAGGAUUUAUUCCGGAGGAUGUUGACACCAAUUCAAUCCGAUACAAGGAUAAAAACCGAGAGAGGCAGAGGCAGAAGCUGCUAGCAGAGCAGGCGAAGGAGCAGAUGGAAACCAAAAGGAAAUUUGUGAAGAAUAAACCUUGGUCGAAGCAAAAACUCAAGAGGGACAAGAAGAGAAAGCAGGCUGUCAAAAGGAAGGGUUCGGACAGGGAUGAUGAGGAAGAUAUUGAUGAACUACUGAAUGAUACCAGGUUACUGAAGAAGCUGAAAAAGGGCAAGAUCAGUGAGGAGGACUUUGAGAAACAGCUGACUGCGACGUGAACUGUGCCUGGAGUCGGAAGCAGUCAGCCUUGUAAUAUUCUGUGAAUAAUUCCUCAGCAGUUUGUUUUACUUUAAAACAUGAUACAGUAUAUUAAAAUCCACUUUGGUAUAAACACCCUGCAAUUGCAGAAUAAUUUCUAGUGAUGAGUCGUGGACAGAACUGAAAUGAGUUUGAAUUUUCUAUUUCCAAAAGAACCAUUCUGGAAAAUCAUUGAGAUGGAUAACAUAACAGGCCAUUUGGCUGACCAUAUUCACAGUGACCAGUCGACACCUUGUAUAUUAAUCCCUCUUCCAGCAUUUGGGCCCGAUGUCACCAUCUAGCUCCAGACCAUCCUGCACAGCAAGGGGUAACAACAGAACACAGAUCUGUGUGAAGCUGCAGUCCAGAGGAGCCGAUUUCUGGGGAAGGGAAGGACUCCCUUCGUGCAUGAUACCAUGUUGCCUUUCCCUAAUAAGUCCAUGUCUACUCAAAUACUCACAUAUACAGUCCCUUUGAACAACUUCCAGUAACUUUCCCACUAUUGAUGUCAGGCUCACUGGCCUGUAAUUUCCUGACUUAAUUUUAGAGCCUUUCUUAACCAGCAGAACAAUAUUAGCUAUCCUCCAAUAACUCGCCUGUCGCUAAGGAUGAUGUAAAUAUCUCUGCUAGGGCCCUGGUAAUUUCUGUACUUGCCUCCUGUAGGGUCUGAGGGAACAUCUUGUCAGGGCCUGGGGUUUAUCCACCCUAAUUUGCCACACGACAGCAAACACCUCUAUGAAGUCAAUGCUGCUUCGCCUCACUUCUAUAGACUCUGUGUCUGUCUCCUAAGUAAAUACAGAUGCAAAAAGAAUUGUUUAAAAUCUCCCCCUUCUCUUUUGACUCCACACAUGGAUUACCAUUCUGAUCUUCCAGAGAACUAAUUUUGUCUCUUGCAAUCCUUUUGCUCUUAACAUAUCUGUAGAACCCCUUAGGAUUCUCCUUCACCUUGUCUGCUAGGGGAACCUCAUACCUUCUUUCAGUCCUCCCAAUUUUUUUCUUAAGUGUUCUCUUGCAUUUCUUAUAACUCCAUAAAUACCUCGCAUCUUCCUACCUACUUAUACCUGUUGUGCAGUCCUUUUUUUCCCCCCAUAACCAGGGCCUCAAUACCAAGCACACCUUUGUCAGAAAGCAGCCUGUCUCCAUCCAUACUUGCCAGAUCCUUACUGAUACCAUCAUAAUUGGCCUUCCUCCAAUUUAGAAUCUCAACCUGCGGA